AUGUGGCUCUCCACAGUAUUCUUCCUCAUCGUCACGUUCAUCAUCAUCUACUUCUCAUAUUGUUUGUCGAAAUCGAAAACCGGACAACAAUUGAAUCCGAUCCCAUUUUUCGAGCCCGAUGUCGUCUACACACCUCUGGACAUUCGCAAUUUGCUAGCCAACAAAUGCAAAUUACCAUACAUUUUUCUGGGAAAUGAGGAUGUUGAGCGUGGGAUUCCGUUCAGAUUAAGAUCAACGUGUCGGAGUAGAUUCGACGAUGUCGUUCAACUCAAUGAGAAUGGCAUUAUUCAAAUGAUGCCGGGUCAGUCGAAAUACCUCCGUCCUUUUAAUAUCAGUUGCUAUUAUCAAGAAAUUUUCGACGUUGAAAUGAAUCGACCAUUAAUGAAUCAUUUGGGUGAAGCGCAUUUGAUUGACGUUAGGAAUAACUCAAAUACCAUUGUGCAAUUCCAGAAUUUCGCGGUGAGCUGUACGAAGCGCGGAGAAGUCGUCUAUUUCAAGCCUUUCAUCAAUUUUCCGCCAAAGGGAGAAGCUUCUCCAUCGAAGAAAUCGAUUGCCAUUCUAUUAUUGCCCAAUCUUCAUCAUAAAUUAUUCAUGAAGACGAUGACCAAAUCGAAGAAGCUUAUUGCCAAUAAUCAGUUCAGCAUUUUCAAGGCAGCUUUUCAGAACGAACCGAUGAUGAAUGAUAAUUGGAAAGCGCAUUUUGGUUUGAAUAAGGGAUUGAAUCUGCUGAAAAUCGCAAAAGAGCACAAUUUUGAGACAUUUCUUAGCGGCGUUGAUGAGAUUCGACGGCAGCUGAAACACGAUUUCACGCGAGAUUCGAGUGUCUACAAAAAUUUCGUCAAACAGUUUUACACAGCUGACGACACGGAAGAGACAUGUCGGCAUGAUGGAAAAGCGAUGAUUGAAGACGACAUCGAAAUAUUCGAAAGAUAUGUGACUUCUGUGAAACAAUCCGAUUCUCUUUCAUUAUUCUUCGUCGAUGCAAGCAUUCUACAACUGUAUUCGAUUGAUAAUGCGCUAUACUGGGCUCUGCAAAAACUCAAUGAUAAGAAGGUGUUCCAACACACCGAUGUUGUUAUAAUGUCCUAUAAUAAUUCUGAAGGAGAGAACGUCGAUCAAGACGCCGCCAAUAACUUCCUCGCAAUUCGACUAUCCGAUGAGCGCAUUUCGAAUUUUCCGGAAAGUCGAAACAAGCUGGAAAUCAAUUCAAAUCGUCUGAUUUCAAAUAUGCAUGUGAACGCUUUAUUGGCAAAUCUGAUAACUGAGAAUAUUGGAGAUUCGAUAAAAUUUUCGCCAAUUCAAACGUUGUUAUCAGCGAAUAGCGUAUGCAGCGACGUCGAUAUUGAUUCGAAGCAUUGCUUCUGCACCGAAAUCUUGCCUUCAUCGCAAUAUUCUGAAAAUGCGACAUCCGAGUUUCUCGAGCAUGUCGAAGACGCGCUAACUCGAGAAAUCCAAUCAACUCCAUGCGUGAAGCUUCUCAAUAUUGACAAAACUCCGACAUUUUUCCGAUUUUCCGAUCCAAAAAAAGGUGAUUUUGAGGCUGUUGAGCUCAUUGCUCAUAUUGAAAGGAGCACAGACAUGAUGAAAUUCGAUGUUCGCAAAACGUUCAAAUAUUAUAAGUUCUUUGAGGGAUUCCAUGAAUACGAUGCGGCGCGCGCAAUAAUGCCCGACGGGACCAAUAUAGCCAUCAACGGGUAUUCCGAAAUCGCUUGCCUAUUUUUGGUCAAAAUUCUGAUUUUCCAGCUUAUGCGGCUAAUGACAAAAAAAAAAGACUGGAUGCUCUAUGGGUACUUCAUUACGGAUCAACAAAAAUCACACUAA